AGACGACGGCGUCUUCUCUACGCAGCGGAGGCGACGCGCGUCUGGCCAGCCUGUUCCGCGUUUGUCCGCCAUUAUAAAGCGCCGUCGACGGCGUACCCGCUAUUCCCCGGUGAGAGUGGCGAAGUACACGACGCUUACCGACGCUCGGCGUCGUCGAGCGAGUGAGCGAGCGAGCCAAGCGAGCGAGCGAGCGGGCGAGCGAGCAACUAACGAGUGAGUCGAAAUAGCAGCCGCGAGUUGUCCGCGAAUUUCAUAUCGGGGUUCUCGGAGAGUUCGGGCGGUAGGGUCGUCGCGACGAGUGGUUAAUCGCGCGCGAUUGCCGAGCGGGGUCCGAGCGAGGGUGACGAACGUCGUGGGACGCGCGAGCGGAGGCAACGCGCGAAGAGUAGGAAGAGGAAGAGGAGGAGGAGGAGGUGGUGGUGCUGGUGAAGAAGGCGAAAAAAGAGAGACGCCGACGGACAUGGAGAACAGGCCGGCACCGCUGCGCUCGCGGCGGGUCUGCCGAUUCUGCUUGUCGGACUCGGAACCGCUGAGCUUCAUCUAUGAGCGCGAGCACAACAAGCCGUUCCAGGUGCCGCUCGCGUUGCAGAUCAUGUCCUGCGUCGCCAUCGAGGUGUACGCAGCGGAUGGGAUGCCGCAGAUGAUCUGCAACAUGUGCCGCUGGAAUCUGGAUCGCUCGUACAAAUUCAAAAUGCAAUGCAAAAAGGCUGAUGAGGCAUUAAGGGAUUAUCCCAUGUCUGGAGUAUUACCUAGACCUUUUCCGCCUAUCCCGACUGAUCCACCUACGGAAGUUAGUAACAAGAGAUCCGCCGAUUCUAGAUCACAAAACGAGAUCACUAAAAAGCAACGUACCUCUGAUAGUGACAGAGAUACUAGAGAUAGACGUGAGACCAGAGAAAGGGAGAGAGAAAGAGAAAGACAGAACGAGAAGAGAGAGAAGGAUAACGAACAUCUUUACGAAGAGCAGGACGGAGGUAGUGAGGGUGAUCAGGAAGUGACUAAUGUAAAAGAGGAGAGAAAACUGGAGCCGGGAGAGAUCAGAGUGCACGCAUGUGAUCAGUGUGAGCGUACGUUCCCCUUGCGUCAAGCUUUAGCCCUUCAUAUCCAGCGUGCACAUCGCGAUCGCAAUUACAAGUGCACCGAAUGCGACAGACACUUUUUCACCAAGUAUGACCUCGGUAAGCAUAUGAGCACGCAUUCGGAAGAGAAACCGUAUUCGUGCUCGAUCUGCCAGAAGCAGUUCUCUCGUUUGAAUCUGUUGCAGCGUCAUGAAAAGGUGCAUCGAGAUGAGACGCGCUACGCGUGUCAACAUUGCGACCGCGAGUUCUUUACUACGGAGGAACUCGAGAAACACGAGGAUGCGAUACACAAGAAAGAGAAGCCGUUCCAAUGCAAUAUCUGUAAUAAGCGCUUCCAAUAUAAGCAAGGCUUGGAACGGCACGAGAUGUUACAUAGCGAGGACAAGACGUUCGUGUGCGACUACUGUAAGGAAGCCUUCCAUACCAGCACAAAGCUAGCCCGACACUUGUCCACCCACGCUGGUCAUCGUCCGUACUUGUGUAAACUGUGUCCCCGCACUUUUUUGCUGUCGCAUCAUUUGACUAGACAUAUGCGUACCCAUUCGGUGGAAAAGCGUCAUGUGUGUGAGGAUUGUGGUAAGGCCUUCAAACGUAAAGAAAGUUUGGAAGUGCAUCAAUUGACACAUACAAAACGUACAGGUAUGGGUCUCACUUGCGACGUUUGUCAAGAAUCUUGUCGCAAUCGCGCCGAUUAUGUUACUCAUAUCAAACAGCACAUUGAGGCGGGUGAGAAAAUGGGCCCAGACGGUUUACAACCCGACAAUAAGAAGAAUCUUGAUAUAGACUCUGAGGAAGAAGAAGAAGAAGAUCAAUAUUCUGACGGGGAUGAUGAUUACGAACCGCCGGCGUAUAUCGUGAAGAAAUUGCCGAAACCACCGAAACCUUCAGAGAGUGAAGAGGAGGAGGAAGAAGAGGAGAGGGAAGAUAAAGAAGAGAAAGCCGAGAGACAAGAAAAGGAUGAACGUAAGGUGGUGUAUCUGCGCGGCAAAGAUGGCAACAUGGUGAAGAAGACCAUUAAGACACUAAUGCCUAUCCAGCGUCGCGAUGUUCAAGAGCAAAAAGUUACGAAACAAAGCACUCCCACCAGCUCUUCUCAAAGCAGUUUGAAAAACUCUACACAAAUUAAAGAAGAUAGCCCUAAGAGCGGCCGCGUGGAUGAUACCGAAGCGCAAGUACAGAAAAUCGUCGCCUCGGUAUUCAAGGAACAUAAGAUUCCGUUGAAACAUCAACCGAGCGCUAGUCAAGAUCAGUCAAAGGAAACGCCAACGCCUGUGACAAGAUCUCAAAAUACAUCCCAAGAAAGUCGCAAAGACAACGACAAAAUGGAGAUAGUGACAUCGACUCCGAAGCCUGUCAAUACUGUCAAAGUGAUCAAACGAAUUGUGUUAAGGAAACCAGCAGGAAGCAGUAACGAAGGAACAUCAGUCAAUACACCUAAUAUCAAGGAUGGGGAUACUACUUUGAUCGGUACUCCAGGUUCACACAAGGUCAAACGAGUAAUCGUCCGUAGAAUUAUCCGGCAAGGUGACACUACUCGCGAGAUUAUUAUGAAUCCGGAUGGCACUACAAUAGAUCCUGCAGAAUUAGCAAAACUACCAACUGGCAAUGUGGUGAAGCGAGUAGUGGUAAAACGAUCACUCGACAAAUCGCAAAACUUGGUACAGGCGGUACUGCAAUCUGCUGAACAACGUCAGAAAGCAGGAGAUGGCAAUUCGAACGAGAAAUUUGAGCUGAAGACCUCGGCAUCUUCCAGUGGCGGCACGACGAAGAAUUCGCAAAAAACGCAACCGAUUACUCAAGGUCAAGAUCAAGAAACCAAGGAGAAACUAGAGCAAUUAGAGAAACGAGUGGAACAGCAGAGGUUGAAAAUCGAAGAGCUACAAGCAAGAAAGGCGCAGCAAGACUACGAAGCAAUUGAUGAAAUGUUGCCAGAAAGACACGACGAGUCCGAGGAUGAACAACAGUUGCCGCUCAAGAGAGUUUUUGUGAAACGAAAACAGAGUAUAUAUGACGAGGAGCGGGAAUACAAUGACGAUACGGAAACGACGCUGACGAAGAGCAAUCCAGCUGAAGAAGAAAAGAACGAGACGGAACAGAUUGCGACAAAGGAAAAGGAGAAUACUGCCGUAGAGGAAACAUUGGAGAAUGUUCAGAAAGAAGUUCAGAGCACGAUGAAAACGGCGACGAAUGAUAGUAAUAAUACUAUAUCAAGUAACACACCCUUGAAAAAGGGCCCGACGAUUUCCAGUAACAAGGUGUAUUCGAAUAAACGUUUUAUGAUUGUGAAGCCUGGCGAAGCGUCAGAAGUGGAGGAGAUGAGUCGCGAGUUAUGCAGUAUUUUCGAGACUACCGAUAAUGUGGUAAAGAUGCAGGAAACUGUGCUGAGUAACCUCACCCAAAUUUCCGGUAUCACGGCAUCUUCGACGUCAGACGCGAACGCAUCUGUGAAACGAAAGCCCGAAGUAAUGGUCGUGGUCAACGAGCAGAUGGAGCAGGAUGGCGUAGUACAGAACGAGCAGAACAUCAAGGUUAAAAUCGAACAAGAGGCGGAAAUUAAAUUGGAACCCAAGGCAGAGGAGUCUUCGCAAGAGAUCUCUGUACAGGAAGAGAGUCAAUCUGAGUCCGGUACCAUAACAUUGGACAAUCAGGAUCUUUCCGCUUCGAUCUUCGAGGCAUCUGACGAUGUGUUGGAGGAGCGGAAAUCUACGAGCGGUCUCGGUGACUCUGUCAUAGAAUUGUCGCAGGCCAAUGAUACCAUCAAUCUGAACGACACUAAUGACAGUCAGGACAGUUUGGAGGACAAGCUCUCGCAGAUGGAGGGUUGAAAGAGAUUUGGCGAAAGAUUUACCUAACAACUUUAGCGACGAUUGAAAUUAAUGUAAAUCGCUCGAGAUAGCGAUUGGUCCAAUGUAUAAUUAAGUCAAUCCUUCUUGCUCGCAUUCUUAGAAUGACUGUAGAUAUUCCAAUUGCAAUAUAUCUUCCUUCUGUCUUUUUUUUUUAUUAUCUUGUUGAUGCAACGGACUCUGAUUCUGCAAUUCAACACAUUUAUAAUGUCGGGAACAUAAAAGGUAAUGACUAUAGGUAUAUGUUUAUAAUCAUAUUCAGAAUUAUUUCGUUGAAAUAGUUGAAACGAUAACAUAUAGGUUAUCUGAUAUUCUGCAAAAAACUUGGAACUAUAUAUGAAAUACAAAAGUGUGUAAGUGUAAAA